AUGAAUAUGCAUCAAAUACCGCAUCAACUGGCUGAUCCACGGUCUGUCCUACCUGAAGUUUCUCAACAGACUUUGGCGUGGCCCCCAAGGGGAAACACUAGACAAAGCAUUUUCAGCAUGGCUCCCCAUACUUCUGUCAACCACGAUCCCCCACAGACUGCUGAGCAGACAUACAAGUACUAUCAGGAAAGGCCGCCCAUGAUAAUUGCUGCGCCGUGGCAAUAUUACCCGGUACCACCAUAUCCAACUUAUCAAGGAUUGAACCCUUUCCACAUGGUGCCCAAACCACAGUCCAAGUCAUCUGACCAAAGUCAGACACAAACCCCAAAUCAGCAUUCUACUCAUAACAAUAACUAUUCGGCACCUUCGUCCGCUGCAACAUUGUUGAGUACCCCUUCCUUGGAGACAUUAGCUACCCAGUCCUCGACUGCCACUCACUCAAAACGCGGAUUAGCAAGAGAUAACAAACAGUCGCAAACCAAUUUUCGCGAGAAGCAGCUUGUUGAUCUUGCCCAUAGAAUGAUCCAAGUUCCUCUAGAAGAGAUGGCCAUGUUGAUCAAGGGAUCCGAGGAAAAGAUAGAAAAAUUACAAAGCAUGGGAUUGAGGCACGCUAGACCUGUUCGGGCCGCCGAAUCUGAAAAGAAACAGCACAGACAGUUGUUAGCAAUGGUGGUCUUACUAAGAUCUGUGGAAGUCAAGGAAAGUGCUGUCUCUCCUAGAAACAGGAUAUUUAACUCAUAUGUUGAGCUCUGCAAAGAGCAUGAUAUCCCUCCUAUUUCCAAUGCUUCACUAGGAAAGUUGGUUAAGUUACUAUUUCCAAGUGUCAAAACCAGGAGACUGGGAAUCAGAGGGUUCAGCAAGUACCACUAUUGUGGAAUCAAACUAAUAUCUGAUCCUGAUUGUAUCGAAGUCUUUGCAUCCCCUGCCACUGACUCGACAGUCCAGCUCCCACCUCUGUAUGAUGAGCAUGAAGAUUAUUCAGAACUCUCUAUUGGUCUGAACCUUGAUCCUCAGCUCUUCAGACAUUUCUUCGAGAUCAAUUUGAAAUAUACCGUUCCUUCGAUGAACGAGCUAUAUCAAAUGUUUCCCAAAACUGAUCAUGAGAAGUUGCACGGUAUGGAGCAGGUUUACAGUGCCCACUGUCAAAAACUGUUCCAGUAUAUCAAGUUCAUGGAGGUCCAGCAUUUGCUCGACGAGAUGGAAUCCCUGUCUUCGCAGCUGUCAAUCGAGCAAAAAUCACUGCUGUCAUACUCCGAUGUGGUCUCCUGGAUACUGAAAUGCGACGAUGAACUAUACGGUGCUUGCAUUAAAUAUCUCUCGAAAACUGUUUUCCAGAGUGCUCCGGAUCAAGUUCACAAUCAACUUAAAAAUAUCAACGUCAAAUUUAUGGAUGCACUGAAAUCCAUGAAACUUCCAAGCCAUGUACUCAAAGAGAAAGAGCUACGGGCAGCAGCAUUCCUCAAAAUCACAUCACGUCUGAGUAGGGUGAUUCUGGCCGCGACAAACUUUGCUGGCCAUAUUACCCAUAGCUCUAUUGUUACCAAUUUGUUGAGUGAAUGGAAGAUGUUGACUUUGGACACACUAGUGGAUCGUGAUAUCCAUUGUGAACAAAAAAGAGACAUAACCUCCAUCCUUAGAACUGACAUCGUGUUUCUGUUCAACGACUUACAGAAACUAUCAUAUCACGACGAUAAUAUCAAAGAUAACGUCGUACAACUUUUGAGUCUUCACAUCUCAAAAAUUCCUUCAAAGUUUGAAGGUAUUAAUCCGCGAGUUUUUCUUUUAGUCAGCAAUCAAGUGAUUGACUCUAUAAUGAGACAACUAUCAAUUGAGGUUCAAGUGGGGAACUUCAGUAUCUGGUGGAGCUUAAGUUGCUGGUUGAACGAAUUUUUCAACUUUCUUGCUGAAUUUGGAGGUUUCAUCAGAUUUGUUUCUGAUAAUAGCUUUGAGGAAACCCCUGUUUAA